AUGGCGCCGGGGCGCGGCGGGAUAGCGGCGGCCGUCGCGCUGCUCCCGCGGCGGCAGGCGGCCACCCGGGCGGCGGCGGGCGCGCAGCCCCCCGGGAGCGUGGUGCGCGUCCCCUGGGCCCUGCGGGUGCGCCUGCAGCGGGGCGCGCAGCGCCGGCAGCGCGGGCAAGGGGAGGCUGCGGCGGCGGCGCGGCCCGGGAAGCUGCUGCUGCGGAGCCGGCGGCCAGAGCUCAGCCAGCCCCACUGGCAGACGGUGGGGCGCUGGGAGCGGCCGCCGCUGGUGUCGGCGGGCUGGAAGCACAGGAAGGCCCGCGGGGACUACUUCCAGCUGGAGCCCUCGCAGGAGGCCGCUCCCGCCCUGGAGGCGCCACCGCCUGAGGCGCGGCAGGGUCCGUCCUUCGCCGAGAUGGGGCUGCAGCCGGCGCUGCUGGCCGGCCUGGCGCGCCUCUCCGUCAGCCGCCCCACGGCGGUGCAGCGCCUGGCCAUCCCCGCGCUGCGCCGCGGCCGCAGCGCCCUGUGCGCCGCCGAGACCGGCAGUGGCAAGACGCUGGCCUACCUGCUGCCGUUGCUGGACGGGCUGCUCUCCCGCCCCGCGGAGCCGCUGGCAGAUGCGGCGGGGCCGGCGUCGCCCCGCGGGCUGGUGGUGCUGCCGUCGCGGGAGCUGGCGGCGCAGGUGGGCGCGGUGGCGGCGGCGCUGUGCCGGCCGGCGGGGCUGCAGGUGCGCGGGCUGACGGGCGGCGGCGCGGCGGGCGGGCUGCGGAGGCAGCUGCGGGCGCCGCCGCCGGGCGCCGCCGUGCUGCUGGGCACCCCCGGGGCGCUGCGGGCGGCUCUGCGGUGGCGCUUCCUAGCUCUGGGGCGGCUGCGCUGGAUGGUGCUGGACGAGGCGGACGCGCUGAUGGACGAGUCCUUCGCGGAGCCGCUGGAGGAGAUCCUGGCACACGCGCCCCUGGCCGCUGGUGCCCCCGGGCCGGCCGGCCCUGGUGAGGCGAGGACCCAGGUGGUGGUGGUUGGAGCCACCUUCCCCACGGGGCUGAGCGAGAUGCUGGAGAAGUUCACCGAUGUGGGCCGGUUUGUCACCCUCACCACCCAGCACUUGCACCGCCUGCCACCUCACGUCCAGCAGAAGUUUGUCCGCCUGAAAGGCCAGGACAAGCUGCCUGAACUGCUGCAGCUGCUCAAGGAGGGCCCAGCGUCUGGCAGGACUGUUCUCAUCUUCUGCAACAGUGCCAGCACUGUCAACUGGCUGGGCUACAUCCUGGAUGACCACAAAAUCAAGCACCUGAGGUUGCAGGGGCAGAUGUCAGCAGCUGCCAGAGCUGGCAUCUUUGCCUCCUUCCAGAAGGGUGACGUGUCCGUUCUUGUCUGCACCGACCUUGCCUCGCGGGGGCUGGACACCAGCAGUGUGCAGCUGGUGGUUAACUACGACUUCCCAGAAACGCUGCAGGAUUACCUGCACCGCGUGGGCCGAGUGGGACGGGUUGGAAGCAAGGGGCCUGGAGCCGUGGUUAGUUUUGUCACCCAUCGGUGGGAUGUGGACCUGGUGCGGAAAAUAGAGACUGCAGCCCGGAAGAAGUCAGGUCUCCCGGGCAUGGACUCCUCUAUUAAUAAGCCGACACCUAAAGGAGGUUGAUUCAGAUUGCCAAGCAGUAAUAGUGGCCUGGUAGGACUUGAGGUCAUUUAGGCAGAGCGAAUGAGUGUGUGUAAACUGGAGUGAAGGCAAAGAGAACUGAGUUUCAUAACCAGGUGGUCAAGUUGACCUUGUGUACUGUUCUGGAAGCUGCAGCAGUCAUUUCCAUAGAUAUCACAACUCGUGGCUUUCCAAAAGGAAGUUAGUAAGUGGGUAACAAAAUGCCGUUGGAGAAUACUGAAGAUGAUCUCAUUGGUUGAUUUUUUGUUUAAUUUUGUUGAGACUUUUAACUUAAAUUCAAGUGGGAAUUAAAGUAUGCCUGUGUGAUGUGCA